UUAAUGGAUAAGAAUUUUUAAAAUUUUCUAGCCCUUCUUCCUUAUGGAAUAAAUAUUUUAAUUGUAGGACUUUCGAAGAAAUUAAGAAUUUUAAUAUUUACGAUCAUAGUCGGAAUUCAGAUAUGUAUUUUCUUAACAACGAAGCCACGUAGUUGUCAUGAAAUAUCAUGUCCAAUAAUCGAAAAGAAUUAUGAAAGAAUAUUAUUCUACGAAAAGUAUAACACAUAGGAUGACGAUUUAAAUCUUCUGAGAUCAGAGCAUUUCUAAUAAUCCUACAUAAUCAAUGCGUUUAAUUUCUAAUUAGGAGUAUUCUUAAUAUUUUUCCCCCUUUAUUAUCAAGAGAAGUAUGAAAAGAUAAUCAAUCCCAUUUUGUAUGUCAUCCUAGCAGUGUUUUCCUCAGAAGCAUCACUCUUGCUAACAACAGAAAUUAUAAAGUAAUUGAUUUAUUAAAAAUAGAAUACCAUUCUUUAAUUUCACUUAUUUUGAGCUCUUUUCAUUUAUUAGGAUUCAAGAAAUAUCAUUAAUCCUUAUAGUAAGAGAGAUAAGUUCUUUUUUCCAGAAAACUAACGUAGAUAUUAUAAUGGAUGCUUUGAGGAAUCAUAAAAGGGAAGGAAACCAUUAGAAAUAUUAGAAUUUGAAUGAAAUUAACGUUAGUCUAAGUUAACUUCAAGAGAAACCAUAAGAUAGCUAUUUUUCUACAGAAUAUACAAGAUAUUUUAUUGGUAUUUUUGGAGUUUAUCAAAUGUUUUGGUGA